AUGGGCCAGCAGAACUCGGGAUUCGUGGUCGAAAUCGCUAGUCCGAGGCUUGGACGAUUUCAGGCGGUCCCUCAAAAAGACCCAGAUGAAAGCAAUCCGGAAUGGAGGAUUACUGUAAACCCGGCAGCCGAACUUGUGGGAUCACCUAGGCUACGAGCACUUAUCGACAGGCUGUACCAUCAUCAGAAGCUACUGACCGAUUUUGAUGCAAAGCAGAUUCUCUCCGCCCUACAAUGUAUGGACCCUACCGCGGAACUCCUCCUCCCUCUCCUCACUGUUCUAUCAAAUGCAACUGCUUAUCCAUCGAAUCAAUUACUCAUGAGGGAAUUCCGACUGACAAAUCGAGUGGUAGAGAUGCUACCGGACUCAAAACAUUGGCCGAGGUCUACCAGAGUAAUACUGUUACAGUGCAUUGCUAAUAUGGCAGUGUCGUCGGAUAAUAUGGAGGUCAUGAAACUUGCCUUAAACCAUAUCGUGUCCCGCCUGACAUCAGAAGAUGAGAUGGAAGUCGUGGUUGCCAUGCAAGCCCUCACCAACCUGUCAAUCAAUAUUCGAAAAGAACAAAUCCCAAAAUUUGUCCCCGUGAUUCCUCAUUGCUUGAACCGGCUAUGGAUCCGUGGAGAAGUGAACCUGAAUGCCCUUCGACUACUCGUAAACCUCUCAUGCUGUCCGGAUAUGGUUCCGUAUCUUCUUGGAAACAAAUCAGUUUCUGGUCUUCUAAGGAUUCUGGAUACUGACAGAGAAGAAGUAUUGAUUAGGGCGGUGACAUGGAUUCUGUGUACGACGUCGGCAGUGGAUGCAUUAAAUUUGACCUAUGAUCGGAUAGCGGAGCAUAAUUUGGACCCAUUCCACAACCCAUCUCACACUUUAUUCUUCUCAAUAUACGGACCAAAAGGAAGAGAAGAAUUGGAACUACAAGCGAGACAUCUCACUAAUCAUUCGAAUAAGGAUGUGGCCAGUAAAUCGGUCAGGCUACUGGAAACUCUAGCUAAUGUUCCCCCGUUCCCAAUGGCUGGAAAUCAUCUAAACCGUCUCUAA